GCGAGAGCCCGGCGCGAAUAUAAGCGGGGGCUGCGGGCGAGGCGGCGGCCCCUUCGCGUCGCGCAGGGUGGGGGACUGCGCGGCGGUGCCAGGCCGGGCGUGGGCGAGAGCGCGAGCGGGCUGCCUGCGGGCUGAGUGCGUCGAGCUGUCACCAUGGGUGAUCACGCUUGGAGCUUCCUAAAGGACUUCCUGGCCGGUGGCGUCGCCGCUGCAGUCUCCAAGACCGCGGUCGCCCCCAUCGAGAGGGUCAAACUGCUGCUGCAGGUCCAGCAUGCCAGCAAACAGAUCAGUGCUGAGAAGCAGUACAAAGGGAUCAUUGAUUGUGUGGUGAGAAUCCCCAAGGAGCAGGGCUUUCUCUCCUUCUGGAGGGGUAACCUGGCCAACGUGAUCCGUUACUUCCCCACCCAAGCUCUCAACUUCGCCUUCAAGGACAAGUACAAGCAGCUCUUCUUAGGGGGUGUGGAUCGGCAUAAGCAGUUCUGGCGCUACUUUGCUGGUAACCUGGCAUCUGGUGGGGCCGCUGGGGCCACCUCCCUUUGCUUUGUCUAUCCGCUGGACUUUGCUAGGACCAGGUUGGCUGCCGACGUGGGCAAGGGUGCCGCCCAGCGUGAGUUCCAUGGUCUGGGCGACUGUAUCAUCAAGAUCUUCAAGUCUGAUGGCCUGAGGGGUCUCUACCAAGGUUUCAACGUGUCUGUCCAAGGCAUCAUUAUCUAUAGAGCUGCCUACUUCGGAGUCUAUGAUACUGCCAAGGGGAUGCUGCCUGACCCCAAGAACGUGCACAUUUUUGUGAGCUGGAUGAUUGCCCAGAGCGUGACGGCAGUUGCAGGGCUGGUGUCCUACCCCUUUGACACUGUUCGUCGUAGGAUGAUGAUGCAGUCCGGCCGGAAAGGGGCUGAUAUUAUGUACACGGGGACAGUUGACUGCUGGAGGAAGAUUGCAAAAGAUGAAGGAGCCAAGGCCUUCUUCAAAGGUGCCUGGUCCAAUGUGUUGAGAGGCAUGGGUGGUGCUUUUGUAUUGGUGUUGUAUGAUGAGAUCAAAAAGUAUGUCUAAUGUAAUGAAAACACAAGUUCACUGAUUUACAGUGACCUUGAUCCACAAGUUCACAGAUCCAUUGUGUGGUUUAAUAGACUAUUCCUAGGGGAAGUAAAAAGAUCUGGGAUAAAACCAGACUGAAAGGAAUACCUCAGAAAAGAUGCUUCAUUGAGUGUUCAUUAAACCACAGAUGUAUUUUGUAUUUAUUUUACAUUUAAAUACCCACAGCAAAUAGAAAAUAAUUUAUCAUACUUGUACAAUUAACUGAAGAAGUGAUAAGAAAUCACUGAAUGUGAGACAUCAAUAAAGACCACUUAAUGCACGCUUUC